CAAGACGCACUGAGAUCUGAUCGCCCAGAACACAUUGGGAGGCGUUCUGGGCCGCAUGUGGCCACAUUCUUGUAGCAGCGUGUACGCUGAAGGACGCCUACUCGACGACCUCUGCGUAAGUGGAACCUCAGAGGAGCCUUUCAGGAGUCCGUCCCGCUCUGCGUCCGACAUGGACACGUUUUUCCGUCGUCACUUUAGGAGGAAGGAAGCAGCUCUGCAGGCGGACGCGGCGUCCUGCCGCCAGAGGAGGCCUAGCGUGGCCGUCCCGACCAGCAAGGCCCGCCGCAGGUCCAACGUCGGGCUGCCUUCCUCCACCCUGACGCAGCGGCGGCGCUCCAGCGUGCAGCUGCAGGUGGGGCCGCCGUGCGCGGGCGGCGGACGCCUGGCGAAGACGUCCAGACACAACAGGUGGGCGGGACACAGCCGGCGGCGCUCCAGCACCACCACGCCCAGCCUCAACCCCAGGUUCGCCGUGUGCAGGAAGAAGGUGGGCAAGCUGCGCACCAUCGACACCCACCUGCUGGGCCCGUCCAUGCUGCUGGCCAGCCUGAUCCAGAUGACGGAGGAGGACGAGGUCGAAGGCCUGGGGGCGGGGCUACCAGCCGGGGAGCAGCAGGUGGAGGUGAGGGACGGGGCCAACAGCAGGAGGAUGUUCUCACGCUCCAGCAGCCUGCACUCAGACGGAGACAGCGACAGCAGCGAUUACUCUAACGACAGCCAAUCAGAAGCUAGUCAGCUGUCAGAGGCGGAGCAGCUGGUGGAGGAAGAUGACAAUGUCUCCUGGUCUGAUCAGCACGCCGCCGCCUCCUCCCCGUCCUCCUCCGCCGCCGCCGCCCAGGAGAUGAUGAGGAAGACUCCGCAGCUGCCGCCGGCGUCACGGCCGCUGAUCCGGGCUCCUCGCUGCCUCCGCAGGAACUCGUCUCAGGUGUUCUCAGGUGACUCCGCCCCCUGCGGCCGCCGCGCCUCCAGCCAGAGGAAGAGGAGGAGGAUCUCCACCAUCUCCAAGGCGGGGAGCCCCUGGCCGGGGAGAGGCCCCCCGCUGCCCAGCCGCAGGAGCUCCGUCUUUUACCUCAGCCACCCGGCCUUCUACAGGGGCCCCGGGGCCCUCAGCCCGCUCGGCUACGACUCGCGUCUGGAGAGCUGGAGCGCCUUCCUGCUGAAAGCCAUCGCCAAGCCGGGCCUGCAGCACGCCGUGACUCCUCCCACCGUGACGCCGUCCGGACAGACGGAGCCGCUGCAGGAGCCCAGCAGCACCGUGGACUGGAGCGACAACGCUCAGUUUGGCGAACACAUCUGGUUUGAGACGAGCGGGUCUGGAGACUUCUGCUACGUUGGAGAGCAGUACUGCAUCGCUAAAUCACUGCAAAAGUCCGUGGCGAGGAAGAAAUGUGCAGGCUGUAAGAUAUCGGUCCACACCAUGUGUAUGGAGCAGCUGGAGAAGAUUAAUUUCAGGUGCAAGCCGUCAUUCAGGGAACCAGGAUCUCGAGCUGUCCGAGAGUCCAACGUGGUGCGACAUCACUGGGUCCACAGGAGACGUCAGACGGGGAAAUGUCGACAGUGUGGGAAGGGUUUUCAACAGAAGUUUUCAUUUCACAGCAAAGAGAUUGUUGCCAUCAGCUGCUCGUGGUGCAAACAGGCGUAUCACAACAAGGUGACAUGCUUCAUGCUGCAGCAGAUCGAGGAGUGCUGCUCGCUGGGAGCUCACGCUGCCGUCAUCGUCCCUCCCACCUGGAUCAUCAGGGUCCGCAGACCGCAGACGUCUCUGAAGUCCAGUAAAAAGAAGAAAAGGACGUCGCUGAAAUGCAACAAGUCGAGCAAGAAGGGAGCGGAGCUCCAAGAUGGCCGCUGGAAGCCCUUCCUGGUGAAGCCUCUUCCCUCUCAGCUCAUGAAGCCUCUGCUGGUGUUCGUUAACCCAAAGAGUGGCGGAAAUCAGGGAGCAAAGAUCAUCCAGUCUUUCAUGUGGUACCUGAACCCUCGGCAGGUGUUCGACCUGACGAAAGGUGGACCCAGAGAGGGGUUGGAGCUGUACGCCAAAGUGCCCAACCUGAGGAUCCUGGCCUGUGGGGGGGACGGGACAGUGGGAUGGCUGCUGUCUGUGUUGGACCUGCUGAAGCUCCACCCCCAGCCUCCUGUGGCCAUCCUCCCUCUGGGAACGGGCAACGACCUGGCCAGGACGCUCAACUGGGGAGGGGGUUACACUGAUGAACCGAUAACAAAGAUCCUCUCUCACGUCGAGGACGGAAACAUCGUCCAGCUGGACCGAUGGAACCUGAACGUGGAGGCGAACCCCGAGGCUCGACCGGAGGACCAAGAUGAGCAUCAGACCGACAAGCUUCCUAUUGAUGUUUUCAACAACUACUUCAGCCUGGGCUUCGACGCUCACGUCACACUGGGCUUCCAUGAAUCCAGAGAGGCGAACCCCGAGAAGUUUAACAGCCGCUUCAGGAAUAAGAUGUUCUAUGCAGGGACGGCCUUCUCAGAUUUCCUGAGCGGGAGCUCCAAAGACCUCGCCAAGCACAUCAGAGUGGUGUGUGACGGGACCGACCUGACGGCUAAAGUCCAGGAUCUGAAGCUACAGUGUCUGCUCUUCCUCAACAUCCCCCGGUACUGUGCCGGCACGAUGCCGUGGGGUCACCCCAGCGAGCAUCAGGACUUUGAACCGCAGCGUCAUGACGACGGCUGCAUCGAGGUCAUCGGCUUCACCAUGACGUCGCUGGCCACGCUGCAGGUGGGCGGUCACGGCGAGCGGCUCCACCAGUGUAAGGAAGUCACUCUCACCACCUUCAAGUCCAUCCCCAUGCAGGUGGACGGAGAACCCUGCAAGCUGGCGCCGUCCAUCAUCCACAUCAACCUGAGGAACCAGGCCAACAUGGUGCAGAAGGCCAAGAGGAGGAUCUCCAUGCCACAUCUCAACGAUCAGCAGCCGGUUCCUGAGAAGCUGCAGAUCAGAGUGAACCGGAUCAGCAUGGCGGCGUACGAGGCUCUGCAUUACGACAAGGACCAGCUGAAGGAGGCCUCGACGCCUCUCGGCGUCAUCACCGUCCCCGGAGACAGCGACCUGGAGACCUGCCGGCUGCUCAUCGAGCGUCUGCACGACAACCUUGACCAGGACGCUGACGGGAUGAAAGAGUCUCUGACAUCACAGAAGCUCUCCAUGAAGUGGUGUUUCCUCGACUGUACGACUGCAGACCGUUUCUACAGGAUCGACCGCGCUCAGGAGCACCUGAACUACGUGACGGAGAUCUCUCAGGAGGAGCUGUACAUCCUGGACCCGGAGCUGGUCGUCAAGGAGACGGUGGGCACCUCCCCCGGCAUGCCGGACCUGGUGGACUCUGAGGAGCACCAGGACCAGCAGAGACAGUUCGCCUUCCCCUCCUCCCCCACCUCCUCCACCACGCCCAGAGACUUUCAGAGGAAGAGGAUCUCCAGCGACAGUUCAGUGGCUGAAGCUUUGUCUCAGAGCUCCUCUAAGACGGCUCUCUGCAGUCCCUCCAGUGCUACCUCACACCACACUGAACAAGAAGCUGAGUUGAUCAACUGUGUCAAGACUGAAGACCUGAACACACUGAUGGAGCUGCAGCAGCAGGGGGCCAACCUGCUGCUGCAGGACGCUGCAGGCUGCACGCUGCUGCAUCACGCUGUGGAGGCCGGCAGCAAGGACAUCAUCAAGUACCUCAUCGAUAACGUUCCCACAUCUCACCUGGACACAACAGAGAAAGAGACAGGUGAGACGGCGCUCCAUAAAGCUGCCUCUUCCUGUCAGAGGAGUAUCUGUCACUACCUGGUGGAGGCCGGAGCGUCUCUCAUGAAGACAGACCUGCAGGGCGAGACUCCUAAACAACGCGCCGAGAAGGCCGACGACCAGGAGCUGGCCGACUACCUGGAGAACCGCCAACAUUACCAGAUGAUCCAGAGAGAAGACCAGGAGACGGCGGUCUGACCUGCACCUGUCUGCUCAUGUCUGUGAUGGAUUUACUCCUCUCCCUCACACACACACACACACACACACACACACACACACACAUACACACACACACACACACACACA